UAUUGUAAGACUUGUAUUGUUGUGCAUACUGUAUUGGUUACUGAAUUAAAAUACAACGCAAUUUAAUUACUCAUUCACACAGUAAAAUUUCAUUGGUGUUAUUGAAAGCCACUGAAUUUGGUAAAUUUGGUUUUAUUUAAAACGUCGAUUCCUCAUCAAACCAAAACAGUUGAAUUUGGUUCGCCUUCUAUGCCAGUGCGUAUAAAGGUUGAUUUCCUUAUUAUCCAUCGUUUUUACUAAAGCGCUCUACUGUCUAACCGAGAUUCAUUCACACUUAAAGACACUGUCAAUCGACUACAUUAUCUGUCAGCUCAGUUCGAAUUCAACAUUUAUAUAGAGAACACACUCUCGAAUUUAAAGUUAUUAUUUUAUUCAAACAUCAAAUUUAUUAUUUAAUCAAAAUGAAGAUGCUUAUCGCUUCGGUUUUACUUUUAAUCGCUGUCUCAUCAGCUCAGGCUAAGCUAAAAUGUCAAGAUAAGCAGGCCGAUGUUCCAACUGACUUUUUGGACAUGACCCGUGGCUGUAUCAAGGAAGUGCGUCGUCAAAUUCAAGCCGAAAUUGAUGCCUCAAUGCAAUAUUUAGCAAUGGGAGCUCAUUUCGCCAAAGAUACCGUUAAUCGUCCGGGCUUUUCUGAAUUUUUCUUCAAGGCUGCUGGUGAAGAGCGUGAACACGCCACGAAAUUGAUUGAAUACUUGUUGAUGCGUGGCCAAUUAACCGAUGACGUAUCCAACUUGAUAACUGUCAAUGUACCACAAAAAGUCUUAUGGAGUACUGGUGUUGAAGCAUUGAAAGACGCACUUAAAACCGAAUCCAAAGUAACAAAGAGUAUUCGCCAAGUCAUCGAAAAAUGUGAAAGUGACACCACCAGUAACAACAACAACGACUAUCACCUUGUCGACUACUUGACUGGCGACUUUUUGGAAGAGCAAUACCAUGGUCAACGUGAUCUCGCUGGAAAGAUCUCGACAUUGGACAAAUUGAUGGCCACACAAGGGCCAUUGGGAGAGUUUUUGUUUGAUAAAAAACUCUUGGACUAAGAAUAUAAACAGUUCAAAGCAUGCAAAAAUUUUCUUGUUUUGUUUAUCCUCAUAUCUUUUUGAGAUGAUUUUCUUUUAAUGUACUAUGCGUACCAAAACGCGCUUGUGAUCAAAUUUUUUUUUUUAUAUAGAAUAGGAUAACAUUGAGAAUUUCAUCGUUAUUUGCCAUACUAUUACCGCAUAUGAUUACGAAAAUUAACUAUUCUCUAUUCAAACGGUUUACAAAUGAUAUAUAGAACAAAUCGAUUUAAUUGUUGUAUAUAUUUAGACAGAAGCAUAAACCACGCAAGGAAUGAAUUAGAUUAUUGUUCCUUUAUUUUCACAAUUAUAUACGAAAUAAAUAGUAAACACAAGCGUCUAGAACACA